AUGGAAGAAGAUUUAGGCGACUGGGGGCUUCUUAGCAUCUCAGAUAUAUUAGACACGGACAUUCCUCGUAAAAAUGAGGUUUCACCAAGCUCUGCAAUUUCACUUACUGAAGUUGAAAUUUCUUUACUGUCUUGUGUUCCAAUUUAUGCUAUACGGUACGUUCAAUCACUUAUAAAGAAUUCCAAAAGUGCUGUUGAUCAGCGGAUCAAUGGUCUUGAAGAGCUGGAUACCACUCGCUCCAUCAAGCUCAGGCGCUCGCUCGCCACAUCAGAGUUCAUCCGUGAAAAAAUGUUGGGAGCUGUGGAAUCGUUUGUGUUGAUGACCGGAGAGGAAACGAACAAACCCGGGUUUCUGCGGUCUAUUGCCCUACUAGGCCCUAUUGUUUGCCCUGAUAUAAGGUUAUUUUUUAAUGCUUUUGUCGAGGGCGUGGAGGCUAUGAUUUUUAGGAUGGAUUACACCCAAUCCGAUAUUUCUCAAUGUGUUGAGGUUAUUCAGUCAUUCCAGUCUGGUGCUAACGUGGACGUGCUUACGGCGGAGCAACGACGUCGUCUCUGUUCUGCAGAGUUUUCAUUGGCAUUGCGCUGCGGGAAACUUAGUGCUGUUGUAAACUGCCUUUUGCAUGUGCCAAAGAGCAAGGAGGUUGAGAAAUGCUACCGCACUCCCCCGAUGCAGUAUAGUAUUGGUUGUGUUCGAACAGAAAUGGAUUGCUUCUUAACCCGAGUGUGCGACUUACCUUGCUCUGUCCACCCAGUGCCAGUGUAUUGCUUCCCCAAUGAUGAGAAACUUUUUCUUUGUAGUAGGUCCCGUGGUUGGGUUCUUGACCAGUUGGGCAUGAUGGGGACCCGCUUCAAGGUUCGACAACAGUUUGACAUUUCGUCGCGGAAAGGCGCGCGCAUCAUUCACUGCAAUGAGAAAAAGUUUUUGGCGGUUUAUCAGUCUUCAUCUGCUACGGGGGGCCUUCGAUACGUUAUGGAGAGGUGGGAUCGUGAGCCAGGCAAACAGCCAGAGACGUCGGAGAUAUCAUUUUGUUUUGAUGACAAUUCAGCCGCCGCGCGCGAUGUUGUGUUUGAUGUUUACGGUAGUACUCUGACAUGCCUUGUGUGUAGCAAAGCAUCGAGGCUGUCGAACAGCAAAUGCUAUUUGGUUAGUGGUGAUGUUGACGUAGUCUUGUCUAAGAGCCGGAGUGAGUUUCAGGUGGGUUCGCAACAUGCGUUGAGGCGAGGCCCUUGUUCAUGGCCCUUAAGGAACAAGUGCUAUUAUUUUACCAAGACAAACUGCAUAUCAGUUGGAAGAGUAACGUUGAAGGAAAAUUUUCAUCCAUUUAGCAUUGAGUUGUGGGUCUAUCCAUGUAACUGCUCCGAUAAUCAGGCGAUUUUAUCCAUUGGUGAUAAGAAUGCAGAUGAGAUUUUGAUCGAGAUCGAACCCACUUCAGAUGGUGUGCUAUUGCGGGGCGGGACGAGGACUCCACACCUUGGGGUAUCCUUUGUUUCUUACCAUAUUCCGGGGAAGCCAACAUUUUGUUAUCGAUGGUGGCACCUGGGUCUUCUUUUUAAGGGUAACUCCUGGGAGUUAUGGGUCAAUGACUCGGUUGUUGCACAGGCGCCUGCGCUUGUGUGGCCAGAAGCGAUAAGUGAUGCAGUGUGCUGCCUUGGGAAGUCAUUUGUCGGCUUUUUGGUUGAGGUGCGCAUUUGGAACUGCUAUCGACCCGCCCCGCAACUUUACAGGGAUGGCAGGCGAUCUUUAACAGGGGCAGAGGCGACUCUUGUGGGUUAUUAUCCCCUUGACGAGGGGGAGGGUGAUAUUAUAGCAGAUCAUGCCCCUGGGGGUAGUCAUACUAUUUUGCACCACGGGCAAGCCAACUGGUCCAGUGUCGACACUUUUCCUGUUGAGCCACCCCGGGCGAUGAGGUACAUUGAUGAGUUCGCACCGAUUACGUGGCGCGAGUCGUCUGGCAGUAUAUAUUUUUCUAGCUCGCCAGGAUAUGUUGCUCUAGCUGUGCUUGCUGACGGGCCGUGCCUUAUGAUUUGCGAGUAUGCGGUGCACAAUUUGCUUCUGAUGUUCCAGGUACGGGUCGACCUGCCAAGCCGGACGGCGCUUAAGGACCUUGCGUAUAACGGUCUGCGCCACUCUUUGGUGUGUUAUGCGUCAUCUGCUGACCAUCCCAGGCGCCUGCUAGUGUGGGAGUUACACAAGCAACACCAUCUCUUUCUGAAAGAAACGUACAAGAGCAUUUGGGACUGCGAGAGGGACUUAUUGACACAGUGUUCGGCUUACGCUGGCCGGGUUGUAAGUUCCGAGCGGUGCCUCAUUGAUCAACUCGCGUGCUUCGUGCAGCUUCCCACACUUGUCGUAGAUGCGUCGGAGGGACUUUUGGGAGGUUUACUCAAACUUAUACGAGUUGUGUUGCUGGAGCAAAAGGAGCGAGAUCACGCUGCGCAGUUGUGUUCUUUGCUUCACGCGAACCUGCUCUAUAGGGUAGAGAGAGACCCUGAGGUCCUUAAAAGGGAAAUUGGAGCCCCCUUCCCCGAUGCACAAAGUUUAAUAAAUGUCGCACAGUGCUGUGGUGAGGCGACCGACCCGCGGAAUGCGUUGCUGCGCCUUUCUUUCCAGGAGUCUUUCUUCGAUACCGGUCUCCUUUCUAUGACGUGUCGGUGCCUGCUUUCAGGAGGGUCCCGCCUUGCUUUUAUUAAGGGGCAGGCAGGGCGACCGAGGCUAACAGAGAAGGAGGAUAUGCUCUUUCGGUCGUUGCUCGAGUAUUAUGAGUCGGUGCAGGCAUCAAGCUCUCUGAUCACGAAUGCAGAGAGUGCCCAACUCUUUUGCACGUCUUUAAUGGCGGAGGAGAUUUUUCAGGUGGAGCGAUGGAUCUCUCGUCGUGGUAAAGCCGUGGACGCUGUGAAGAGUGUAAGUCGAUGUCUUGAAGUCUUCCAAGAGAUUCUGCUCGCGAAAACUGUGGAGGAACGCGGGGGCGAUUGUGGUGGUUACGUCGCGUCGUAUGCGAAGCUUCUUUUGAAGACGAGCGAGAAAAUAAUUGAAUCUUUUCUUAAGGCCAUUCACACUAAGCCCGAAAACUGUUGGUCUGGAUUGGUCACAUGCAUGGAGUAUAGUACUGUUGGCUCGCUUCUACCGUCCUUCAGCGUCGCCUUUUCGCUUCUACCCACCAGUGUGCAGGCGAACUGCGUACCCUACUUGAAGGGGUGCCGUGAGGCUUUAUUUUCCCUUACUGAGGCUCUCCCAGGGAGCGAGCGGCUCCCUUACGACCUUGGGGUAGCACUUACCUCGGCGCUGUGUCGCAUUGGCUGCUCGCUACUGGUUUCUUCGGAUAUGGUAACUGUCAAGGUGGAUCCUAAGUACCUUCAGCUGAUGUCCUGCGGAAUCCGUAAGAUUGGAUCGGAGAGAGAUGCAAUCAUCAAAAAUUUGCAGCAAGGAGUGGGAUCUAUUUCAAAGGUGGUUGAAGAGUUGCGCCGUGAGGACCCUGGAGCGCUGCUUGUUCUUCGUGAUAGCCGCUUGAUGAAGCUCGAAUGCUUACUUAUGGCAUCAUUUUGUGCGUUACUAAUGCCAACAGAAUCUUUGAGACGUGCAACAAAGCAAAACUUGUCCCCAAUGUUUCGGCAUGUGCACAACAUGAGGCCACUGAUUCUUUCUAUACGUCAAGAGGACCCUGAGUAUCUUGAGGUUAUUGGGCAAAGGGCUCUUUUUUUGGCCCGAUUUGAGCCCAUAUGUGGGUCAAGGACCGAAGGGACGCCUCGUGUUAGACGUUACGCGAAAGAUGUGAACCCCCAGAAGAAAUGGAGGCGUUUUUUUCAGAUUUGGAAAGCGCUGCGCUCUUUGAAGACGAAAUUGCCUCAGCAACGGGACGCCGACGUUGGGGAUAUGAGCGCAAUCAUUGUGCAAUUUCUUCAUGACAAGAAAAUGGGUCGUGACAGCGUUGAUCGUCUUGUUGCACAGCAAACUCAGCGUGCACAAUACCGCCUCUCCGGUAUGCUUUUGCUUCGACAGCUUAUGGAAGAGGCAAGGGUGAGCGAGCCACUGGCAAAAAUUGUUCUUCCUGUUUUAGCCAAAACGUUCACGGGAUGGCAUUAUGCAGACAGCGUCCAGUGUUGCUCAAAGGAGGAUUUUCUUCGACUCCAUGGUGCUUUCUUUCAGCUUUUGGAACUGGUUGUCGGCGCCGUAGGUAGCGAGGAGCGCAAUCUUUGGGCCGACACCCUAUUGGCAUUGUUAACUUCGGAGCUUAGAGUAACAGAUUUUCAGAGAAUGAGAGGCGAUGUGGCUACGAAGCUCCGGACACUGUGGCGGUUUGAGAACCGCAGGACGGCCGGUUGUUCGGUUCUCAACGGGAACAUACCCGAGGUUAUUCGCUCCACACUGCUUUCUCCUGGUGGAACCGCGCCUUCACUGGUUGUUGGGCGCUCUGGUUGUACUUUGAAGGGCCUAGGGUGCAGGGGGACGUCUGUGGCCCCAUGUGAGUGGUCGCUGGGUCGCAAGAGUGUCUCAUACUUUUUUGAGGUACAAAUCGUGGACUUGUGUCCGGGUGCAAAUUGUUGUAUCGGUGUCGGCCCCGCCGAGUAUAACGUGUCGCGACUCCCUGGCUGGGACGGCGAUUCGUAUGCUCUGCACAGCAGUGAAGGAGUACUUUACGAAGGUAACACCUUGGGUCGUCCUGUGGGAUGCACGUUCGGCAUCGGAGACGUCGUAGGUUGCGGCUGGAACACUGAAGCAAGGGAGCUUUACUGGACCAAAAAUGGAAGAUACGUUGUUGCCACAGCACACGUGUUGCAACAACAAUUGCACCCGUUGAUUGGAAUUUCUGGGAGAGGACUCGUCAAAGUAAAUUUCGGUCGGGACCGGUUUGUUUUUGACAAGCUAAAGGUGUCUCGGCCCCCAAGGCGAAAUAUUGGGGAACGUGCAUGGGAUGUAUUUCGCAUGUUUUCGCUUCGCGCUGCUCUUUGUGCCGUUGAGCUCCGUAAUGACUCGUCGUCUUCACCCGACAGUGCAGUUGAAGACAUCCGGGCCCGUCUUGAACAAUGUUUUGGAUGUAUAUGUGCGGAGAUCGAUCGUGCGAUUUCGCUCCCUUUGUCUGAGCCUUUCAUUACAUCUCUGUGCUCCCAUUUGACUGUCUUGGCCAAGGUGCUCACCCCUGCACAAGGUGAGAUCCUCACGCCAUGUGUUCAAUGUGUGGUGACAGUUCUGCAAAAAGGAACCAAUUAUGCCCUCACAGACCGCACCUGUAGCUCGAGGCUGCGUUGUUCCCUCAUCACAGCGUGGUGUAGUUUCAUGAACUUGGCCCCACCACAGGCGAUUGUGGAAGAUGACCAGUAUCCAAGGUUUCUUGAGACGUUGCUUUCGCUGGCUCGGGAACUUGAGUGGGGUGCCGUUCGGAAGUUGGGAAGCGUGGGUGAGGUCUUUGCUCCCAUUGAAGCUUGGACGGCCUUGGCGCUACUACAGCGCAUGAAUUGUCACAAUUCAACUCAUUACUGGGGAGAGAAGUUGCAUGCAUGGAUCGUCCAAAGUGUUGGGGAUACAUCCGAUUAUACUAACAUAUCCCUCGCCCUUCGUAUAAUCAAUGGCGCAUCACGGCUCGCUGUCCCGGGGGAUCGUAUCGUGGUGUAUAAAUCGAAGCACACAAAGUUAGUCGCCACGGUGGUGGAUUACUCUCUUGAAGAUGAAACGUGCGAGGUGAUCGAGUGCGAGGAGAAGCGGCAAACCGUGUCUUUGCGGCGAGCAGACAUUGUCGUUGGGGAUGAUUCGUCGUUAUUUCCUCAGACAGGCAAUAUGUUUCACCAAAUUCAGCUGACUCACGUUUUCCAGCUAGCCCAGUCGCUCUGUAGUGAGCGGGAAGUGGAAGACGUAACCUUGAAGACAUCUCUACAUUAUAGGGUGCUCGCCAUCUUUUGGCAGUGCGCUCAGAGAGGUUUUCUUACGACCGCUUCCGGACUUAUCCCUCUGUUGAGUAGGGCUUUGGAUAAUGUGGAAAGUACACCCGACGGAUACCAAGUGCUGCUGCAGGAGAGAUUAGUAAUUGAGAACUGCUUGCUGGGGAGGGCGGUUAGUGCUACUGAUUCUGCUUCCAACGGCAAUAGCCAUGAUAGUAAGCCUCCUGCGAUUCCUGAGGUGGGCGAUCCACCUGGUGCUAGUGCCAGGGAACUGCGGGCGCGUCUUGCUCAAGAGCUGUCCAUGCGCGGGUACAAUAUUGACCUUUGUUUUAUGGCACUAGACGAGACGGGGAAUGAUCCGCAUGCAGCUCUCCAACUACUUGGUGACCAUCAUGAAGACUUCAUGUCUGCCCGACGCCGUACGACACCCUCUACCACUGACGACGAGGAUAUUAGCACCGACGAAGCGGAAGAGACUGCUGAGUAUGAUAUGCACGAUAUCUUUAGUCCUGAAAGUGAAGAUGGCAUGAACGAAAAUGUGUCUGUAGAUCAGUGCGACUCCCUUACCGAUUGCAUCCGCUUCCUUGGGGGUUAUGUGUCCAUUACGUUUGAACACUCGCUGGGGGAUCAGUUUACCGUUGAUUUGCAGUUGUACCUUUUUGACGUUACAGCAACACAGGAUGUACUCUAUCAGUUGGCUGCCCAGGGCGAAUGGGAGCUGGUGGCACGCGUUCAGGAUUCUUCUUUCUACUGUGGGUGGAUGCGGCGGGGCGAUGCCGGACCCUCGCUCUGCAAGGCACCUAUCGGAUAUUCAAGUACGACACGAUGGGUGCAGUUAACGGUGGUGCAGGGGGAGUCCAGGUUUUCCCUCUAUAAGUGUGGCGUUCUUCAGUGUGAUAUGGAGAUCCCCUUCAGGGGUCGCUUAUUUGAAAGUGGACUGCAUCUUGGUGGGUGUGCAGACGACGAGGAAACCCGACUUAACGGGGGCAUAAGGGAUGUUAGGUUCUAUAGUUGUGCGCUGACGAGUGAGGAGGUAAGCCGGCUGACAGCAAUGCGGUCGGACGGCAGGCUUCCACAGUGCACCCUCAGGUUGGAGUGUACCAGCGAAACGAUAAAGGCUGUUACAGCAGAUCCCAGAUUGAAUGCCAGUCUUGCUAUCACUGGGGCGGUUACAUGGUUUGAGCAGAUCAGCGGGCAUGGUCGCACUGGCGACGUCUGCAACCCCGAGGUUGACUUGACAACCCAGAACGGCGAAGGUGGCAUUUUCGUCAUUGAAACUGUCAAUGAGGACAGUAGUGUCUCCGCUGUUUGGUUUAAGCGAAAGGACCAACCAAGGGAGCAAAUUUUUGCCGCCAUCCAAAAACUUGAUAGGCAACUUAUCUGCUACUACGCCGUAGCUAUAACAACUCAUCUAAUGAGUCGGACUCCAGAGCCGGAGCUGUGUCUCACACCGGAGCAGGUUCGUCGCAUGGUUCAGUUUGUAGUGAAUUCCAGCGACGCUAAUCUGUUCAAGUCGUUUGGCCACGCCCUCCAGCACAUAGCGAUGCGCGAAAAUAUUAGCAUAAUUAAUUAUGCGAUGCAGGAACUUGUAGAUGUGCUUCAGCGGGAGCAGAAGAUGCUUGUACUAGAGUCAUCGCAUCCCUUCAAGUCUGCUCUGGAAACAGCCCAUGAGGUGCAUGUCCCUGGUAGGCGAGAAUAUGAAUUACAUUUUGACACGCGUUGCUCGAGUAACAUGCUCGUAACCUUUUGUGCAGAGCACACACUUUCUACCGUUAUUGCCCACGCUCCAGGAUAUGCACUGAACUCUCUGUGCAUACGCGCAUCGCGUUUUUUCAUAGAUGUGCGCAUCGAUAUAUCUGCUGCGCAAUGGGGGUACAAGAUCGCCGUUCUGUACGAUCUAUCGGUAGCACGUUCCGCUGCUCAACUUGUUCGAACAACUCUCUCCGCAGUAACGGCAAAAGGCAUGGAGCGAGUUCCCUUUCUCAGGACGAGGGAGUGUUUUGGUGGCUUAGAAAAUGCUGUUAGAGUUAACGUCGGUGUUACACGCCGUCUCAUACUUUCGUGCCUGACGGACCUGUUCCUUCAUGUGUUGGAGUAUGCUGAACCAAUGCCCCCGGUAACAUGCGUGCAUGAUCUUCGGCGGAUGUCGGAGCGACUUUUCCGUCAAGCUGUGGGGCCCCAGCAUCUCCACAGUCGUUUCGUGCAGGUUGUUUCCGAGUUUUACGUUGCUUUCAGUGAUGCUGAGCAAUGUCUUAGUCUCGUUGAUGAGGAAAGGAAGAAGGUGUUGGGUAGGGUGUACGAUGCCAGUGCGGAUGCUGACCGUUUUCAGCGCAAGAGGCUGGAGCAGCGCAACCUUUACAAACGCCGCGAAGGAUUGCGUGUCAAUGUGGAAAAGGUCCUCCACGUUGAGAGUCUUCGAGUUGGCGUGAAUCAAAACAAGACAAUUUUGGCCUGUAGUGAGCUCUCAGGAAGCUCACUCAUUGCAGACGUGCCACUUGGACGUGGGCGUUGGUACUUUGAAGUUCGCAUGAUGUCAACGGGUGAUGUAUUUAUCGGUGUCCUUCCUUCUCGGACACAUAGUUGGACGGAUUUGCCAACUCUAGAGACUUUCGUGGCGUUUAACGGUAAAACGGGCACGUACCAUGGAGUGAAAAAUGUUGCUGUUGCACCCCGUCGUAUUUGGAAGGCUAAAGACUAUGUAGGUGUGGUGAUGGAUGGUGCCCAAAAGAUUUGCUCCUUUUUCGUAAACGGUCAGGACACUGGACUGUUUUUCCCGUUUGGUGAGAACGAGGUGGAGGCCACUGCGGCUGCUGGUGCCAGGGCCGCCGGUGAGCAGGAAGUGAUAUACCAUCCCCUCUUCGUGUUGGAUGAGGCAGAAGGGGUUACCAUUAACUUUGGUGGGGCGCACUUUGAAUACGAGCUGCCCCGUAAUUGUUUUCCCCUUGAUCCAGCGAACCUUACUUUGGGGACAUUAAUUCCUUACAAUCAGGUACGAGCUUUUCACGACCUUGCCGCGUACUUCGCGUCCGGCGGAAGAACUACUUUACCUCCCUUUUUCCAUGAGGAGGCAAAUCCUUUCGAGAAUUCAACGGAGCGCUUGGGACCACCGCACGUCUCUCUCCAUUCCACGUCGGGUGUGCAGGUGAGCCUGCUCCACGUGCGAAACACGGGGCUGCUCUUUGCCACUGUGAGGGCAAACUGCCGUGUGACCGGGGGGAAAUGGUACUACGAAGUUAUGUUGCGCUCCCAAGGACUCAUGCAGAUUGGAUGGUCGUCGUCGAAUGAGUCGCGGGAAGACAGUGUUGGUGAUACAGCCGGCUCGUGGUCUGUGGAUCUUUUUAGGCGUGUAAAGUGGCACGACGGUAAGGCUGAGCCCUUUACCUCGUCAAGAAGGUGGGUCGUUGGUGAUGUUAUUGGUUGUGCGAUCGACCUGGUUGCGAAAAAAAUGAUUUUUUCGUGUAAUGGUCGUCUUCUUUGCGAUACGAAUUUGUUUGACUGCACGUUCACGGGCCUUCCGGAUGGUCUCAGUUACGAACCUGCUGUUUCCAUGAGGGCUGGAAACGAGGUGAUGUUCAACUUCGGUUCUUCCACUCUAAGGUACAAACCUGAAGGCUUCUGCGCAUUAGGUGUCCCUGACUCUUGGAAUGAGCGGAUCGACGCGUUUUAUUCUACUUUACGUCCAUCCACCACACUGCUGCGUCUCCAAGCGCUGCGGAGCAUUUGGCUGUCAGCUGACAAGCUUUUGAGGGAUGAGGUUCUAACACCUUAUGAAAAUGUUGUCGCUGCAUUGGAACAAUACUGUCGACAGCACGGCAAGAGCAUUGUACAAGUUACGGAGGAUGUCUGCGCUGACUGUUUUCGUGAUUCAUCUGUUUCGGUGAAGAAGGCUUUGGAGGCCUACAGAGUGCUCGUUGCCUUUUCCCGUGUCGCACAGACUGUUAUUCCCUUACUUCAUCUAGAUACGCGGCACCCUAACGUCUCGACCAAACUGUUUCUGAUGUGCCGAACCCUCAUUUUCACUUCUAUUCGUAAUGAGAUGGUGGACGACAUCGUGCGGGAAACAAAUGUUCGAUGUGAGCAUUUUCGUGUGUCUAUUAAUCGAGUGAAUGCCCGAGCGAAUAAAGCCUCGUGGAUGUCAUCUGUCUUCGGUCAAACCUUUUCGCUUGUAGCAGAUCAGAACCCACGUAUUUUUUGUACAAACAGGAGAUUUUGGAGUGUGGUAUUCCUUGGUGAGGGCGCUGAGGACGUUGGCGGUCCCUUCCGCGAGCAUAUUAGUGAGAUGUGCCGGGAGCUCAUGAGCACAGAGCUGCCUCUCUUUGUGCCCACUGCGAACAACGUACAUAACACUGGGAGUUACCGUGACGCCUUCGUUCCCGCCGCGUCCGCAUUGAGUGAUACGGAGCUUUCCGCAUACGUCUUUGUCGGCCAGUUGAUGGGAGGUGCUUUAAGAAACAACGAGCCGUUGGGGCUCUUUUUCCCUCCUCUUGUGUGGAAGUUCCUGUGUUUCUACCCCAUAACGGAGUCAGAUAUCGAUGACAUUGAUCGGAUUUGCCUGCAGUGUAUACGGGAGUUCCGCAGCCUCAAUGACCGCCUUGGAUCAAGCGACAUGUAUGACGAGGUGUUUGACUCAGAGACAUUCACGACACGAUUGAGUGAUGGCACUUUGAAAGAACUAAUCGCUGGUGGUAGUGGGAUGCGGGUGACAUUCGAUCGUUGUGGGGAGUAUGCUGAUGCACUCUCCGCCGCGCGGAUGAGCGAGUUCAAUACCCAGCUACAGAAGAUACGUGAGGGUCUGCUCAAUGUGAUACCGGAAACUGUGCUCUGUUUGCUGACCCCCUCUGAGUUGGAACAGCGCGUUUGUGGGAAAGCGGACUACACUGUCGAAGAGCUGAGGGGGGGUACUGUGUACGAGGGCCUAACCAGCGAUGACCGUCGUGUGCAGCUACUGUGGCAGGCGCUGGAAGACGCGACGAUGCAGCAGCGCCGUUUGUUCCUACGCUUUGUCUCCGGGCGUGACAGGCUUCCAGUAAAAUUGCGUAUCUUGCCGCUCUUAACGUCGGAUGAUGCGGACAGCACGCUCCCCCGUGCUGCGACAUGCUUCUUUGCGCUUGAGCUUCCUGACUACUCUUCUCUUGAAGUGAUGAAGGCCAAGCUGUACUACAGCAUCGAAAACUGUGCCGAUAUUGAUGCCGAUUUUAAUCCGCCGGAAGUGGACGAGGCGGAGGCGCCGCAGCUUAUGAUAGGUGUUGAGGACGCGCGACAAGACGAGGCUGAGUCUACCACACCGAGUGAUUAG